CUUCUACUGCAACUGCAGUGACACGGGUUACAAAGGUGCCACCUGCCAUGACUCCAUCUAUGAGCAAUCCUGUGAAGUGUACAGGCACCGAGGGAACAUGGCUGGGUUCUUCUUCAUUGACUCUGAUGGCAGCGGGCCGCUGGGACCUCUCCAAGUGUACUGCAAUAUCACUGAAGACAAGAUCUGGAUGUCAGUGCAGCACAACAACACAGAGCUGACACGGGUGCAGGGUUCUGACCCUGAGAAGCCCUAUAUCAUGACCUUGGACUAUGGUGGCAGUAUGGAGCAGCUGGAGGCCCUGAUUGAUGGCUCAGAGCAUUGUGAGCAGGAGGUGGCCUACCACUGCAGGAGAUCUCGCCUGCUCAAUACGCCAGAUGGAGCCCCAUUUACCUGGUGGAUCGGGCGGUCCAAUGAAAGGCACCCUUACUGGGGAGGCUCUCUCCCUGGGGUCCAGCAGUGUGGAUGUGGUCUGGAGGAGAGCUGCCUGGACAUUCGCCACUUUUGCAACUGUGAUGCUGACACAGAUGAAUGGACAAAUGAUACUGGCUUUCUUUCUUUCAAAGACCAUUUGCCUGUCACUCAGAUAGUUAUCACAGAUACCAACAGAUCAAACUCAGAAGCUGCCUGGAGAAUUGGUCCUUUGCGUUGCUAUGGAGACCGUCACUACUGGAAUGCUGUCUCUUUUGCCACCGAAGCUUCUUAUCUCCAUUUUCCUACCUUCCAUGGAGAAUUCAGUGCCGACAUCUCCUUCUUUUUUAAAACUACUGCUUUAUCUGGAGUUUUCCUAGAAAAUCUUGGCAUUAAAGACUUCAUCCGACUUGAAAUAAGCUCUCCUUCAGAGAUCAUGUUCGCCAUUGAUGUUGGGAAUGGCCCUGUAGAGCUUGUAGUCCAGGCUCCUACUGCUCUGAAUGACAACCAAUGGCAUUAUGUCCGGGCAGAGAGGAACCUUAAGGAGACCUCACUCCAGGUGGACAACCUUCCAAAGAGUACCAGGGAGACCUCGGAAGAAGGCCACUUCCGACUGCAGCUGAACAGCCAGUUGUUUGUAGGAGGGACAUCAUCAAGACAGAAAGGCUUUCUUGGAUGUAUCCGCUCUUUACACUUGAACGGGCAGAAAGUGGACCUGGAGGAGAGGGCAAAGGUCACAUCUGGAGUCAGACCAGGCUGUCCAGGUCACUGCAGCAGCUAUGGUAGCAACUGCCAUAACGGGGGCAAGUGUGUGGAGAAGCACAGUGGCUACUCCUGUGACUGCACCAACUCACCAUAUGAAGGGCCCUUCUGCCAGAAAGAAAUUUCUGCGGUUUUUGAUGCUGGCACAUCGGUUACAUACAUGUUUCAAGAACCAUACCCGGUGACCAAGAACACAAGCCUCUCUUCUUCAGCUAUCUACGCUGAUGCAGCUCCACCCAAAGAAACCAUUGCACUGAGCUUCGUGACAUCACAGGCUCCCAGCCUCUUGCUGUUCCUCAAUUCCUCUUCUCAGGAUUUCCUGGCCAUCCUCGUCUGCAAGAAUGGAAGUUUACAAGUUCGCUAUCAGCUAGGCAAGGAAGAAAGUCAUGUAUUCACCAUCGAUGUAAAGAACUUGGCCAACAGAAGGAUGCACCAUGUGAAGAUUAGCCGAGAAGGCCGAGAACUUUCCAUUCAGUGUAGAGCCCUGCUCUUCUAUCAAAGUCAGAGGAUAGAGACUCUUGGCUUGGAUCCUGAAGUUGCUAGAGCCAACGCCUUGGGUUUUGUUGGAUGUCUUUCUUCAGUCCAGUACAACCACAUAGCACCACUGAAGGCAGCCCUUCGCCAUGCUAGCACUGCACCAGUGACUGUCCGAGGGAGCUUGGCAGAAUCCAGCUGUGGCUCCAUGGUGGACACUGAUAUGAAUGCAGUGACCACUGUACACUCUUCUUCAGAUCCAUUUGGAAAGACAGAUGAGCGGGAACCACUCACAAAUGCAGUCCGAAGUGACUCAGCAGUUAUCGGAGGGGUCAUAGCUGUGGUGACGUUCAUCACCUUCUGUAUCAUUGGCAUCAUGACCCGCUUCCUCUAUCAGCAUAAGCAGUCACACCGGACCAACCAGAUGAAGGAGAAGGAAUACCCAGAAAACUUGGACAGUUCCUUUAGAAAUGACAUUGACUUGCAAAACACAGUGAGCGAGUGCAAACGGGAAUACUUCAUCUGAGAUGCUGCAGGGUCGCCUAAUCCUCUUUUGAGUGGUUGUUUGUUCUUUCUCUUUCUCUUCUCUCUCCUGUCUUUAAAUUUAAGCAUUCUCUUUCUCAUGCCCCAUUCCUUCUCUGGAACACACCCGCAUCUCCAACAGCAUUGAUCCCCUUAACCCAACUCAGGAGACCAGGCAGCCAUGACUACUGCCAUCCACUGACACACGUGUCAUUGUGCAAAUGACCAGACACAGACUUCACUAUUCUAAAUAAGGAAGAGGCUUGCAUGUACAU